ACCUCUGGCACGCGGCCUCGGCCAGCGGCCCCGGGGCAGUGCCGGUGCCCCCGCAGGCAUCGGGAAGGUUCUGGCUCGCCCGCCCCUCUUCCUCUAUAAAUGCGAGCGCCGGUGCCGGCGCGCUCACAGGGGCGGCGCCGGGGCCAUGCUGGGGGUCUGGCUGCUGCUUUGGGGUUCCGUGGCCCUGCGCGGCCGGGCGGACACCGCCUUCCUCCGCCGCGCCCAUGACAGCUCCGGCCACUGCACCUACUCCUUCACGGUGGCCAGCCCCGUGGAGGCCGCCUGCCCCGAGGCUGCCGGCGGCGUGCCCGAGCUGCGCGCCGAGCUGGCCGCCCUCGCCGCCCGCCUGAGUCGGCUGGAGAGCCGGGAGCGAGGAGCGGGGGGCUCGGGGCCGCGGGGAGCCGAGCCGGGGGGCGCACGGGACCCUCAGCCAGUGGCCGCGGCCGCUCGCCUGGAGGCCGCGUACGGCGAGCUGCUGCGGGCCAAGUCCCGGCUGGAGGAGGAGAAGGGGCGGCUGGAGCGGGAGAAAGAGGAGCUGGGCAGGCGGCUGGAGAACAGCGCCCAGGAGAUCACCCGGCUGCGCGCCGCCCGCUGCCCCCCCGGCAGAGAGGGGCCCGGCCGGGACACGCUGCGUGCCCCCGCCAAGGCGCCGCGCUGGGAGCCGCAGCCCCUCAGCUACCAGGAGCUGCAGUCGGAGAGGAGCGAGGUUCCCGUGUCGCGGCUGCUGGACGAGACGGCGCUCGGCCGCCCGGGCCAGGAGGACUCAGGCUGCGGCCGGCUGGUGUGGGUGGGAGAGCCCAUGGUGUUCGGCCGCGCCGACUCCAUCGCGGGCAAGUACGGCGUGUGGAUGAAGGACCCCGAGCCCGUGGCGCCCUUCACGCGGGACAACACCUGGCGUGUGGACACCGUGGGCACCGAGGUGCGCCAGCUCUUCCAGUACGAGGAGGCCGAGCAGCUGGCCCGGGGCUACCCCGCCAAGGUGCACAUCCUGCCGCGGCCCCUGGAGAGCACGGGGGCCGUCAUCUACCGCGGCGGGCUCUUCUUCCAGCCCCGCCACUCCCGCUCCGUGGCCCGCUACGACCUGCGGGGAGAGACCAUCACGGCCGAGAGGGAGAUCCCGGGCGCCGGCUACCACGGGCAGUACCCCUACUCCUGGGGGGGCUACACCGACAUCGACCUGGCGGUGGAUGAGACCGGGCUCUGGGUCAUCUACAGCACCGAGAAGGCCCGGGGAGCCAUCGUCCUCUCCAAGCUGGACCCCGAGACGCUGGAGAUCCGUCAGACCUGGGAAACCAACAUCCGCAAGCGGGGGGUGGCCAACUCCUUCCUCAUCUGCGGCACUCUCUACACCGUCAGCAGCUACUCGGCGCCCAACGCCACCAUCAACUUCGCCUACGACACUGCCACCGGCAGCAGCCGGGCCCUGAGCAUCCCCUUCGAGAACCGCUUCCGCUACCUCAGCAUGCUGGACUACAACCCUGCCGAGCGGCAGCUCUUCGCCUGGGACAGCUUCAACAUGGUCACCUACCCCGUCCGCCUGUCCCGGGAGUGAGCCCAGGCUGGCUCAGCGCCCGGGCCCCUCGUGCGUGCCUUGGCACCCUGCUUCCCUCCCCAUUGCUGGGGCCACACGCUGCCCAGCCACAUCCCCUUGUGCUCAAGUGCAGCAGAGAGAUGAAGCGCUGCUCCAGAGCCUGGCAGAGCCAGGGAAAUGCCUCUCCCAGCCUCGGUGGGUUUCAGAUGGGUCACAGCACCACCCAGCCUGGCCACCCCAAAACUGGAACAGGAUGGUGAGGGCUGGGCAGAGCAGGUGGUAGAAGGGCUGUGCAGGAAGAUCCUGCCUUAAAAUAAACGUUUUUCCCUGGUUGUGAGCAGCGAUCCCCUCUGUGGGGUCAGGGUUUGUUGUUUCCAGGCUCCCGCCCCGCAGAGCUCUCAUGCAGAGAUUCCACAGGCUCCACUGGCAUCCCACACUCCCAGUGCCCGAGGGCAUCCUGGAGCUCAGCCACCUCCAAAAAUCAUCGACUAGGCUCAAAAGCAGCAGAAAAGACAGACACACAUUGCACAAGCCUUGUUUUAUUGAGAGAGAUUAAAAAAAAGGCAGCCAAGAGAGCAGGGGUGAGGAGUGCUGGCAGAACGUCCUGCAGCCGGGUGGCCUCUUGGUACCCAGCCCUUCCAGCCAUGUGCUUCAGCUUUACAGGCCAUUCCAGGCCAGCAGCUCUCCCCACACCAGUCCAGAGCACAGUUUUAUCUAUUUAUUGUAGAAACCUUGUAGGAGGAGGCUUUUCCCCUCUGGCAUUUGGGGCAGCAGGAACCACAGGGGCUGCAUUGGGUCCUGCCCAAUAAACAGUGCCCAGCAGCACUGCUGCCUCACACCUCGUCUUUCCAAGGAGUGUGGUGGGCUGGUGCCCCUCGAUGCACCUACAGGCUGAAAGUGCUGGUGGGGGGAGCUGUAAAGCUUUGAGCGUGAAAAUGCCACAUUUUGGAAGGCAGCUUCUGACAGCAAUGCACCAGGUAUUGGAGCAGUGGAAAAGAACAGAGAGCACAGUAGGACUUGUGAUGAUCACCUGCAGCUACAAGGAUUUUCAGUGAGAUGCUCUACCCCAUUGCUGUUCUCCUGCCACCAGCACUGCUGUCUGAAGUGUAGCACUGUAUAUUUGCAUAGCACAAUGAAGCAUUUGGUUUGUCCAUCAUCCCCACGAGUUAUUUUGGAAAAAUACACGAUGGUUAUAAAAAGUGA